UUAAUAUAAAUUGUUUUGGUAAAAUUACUUCUGUUUUUCAUUUAUUUGUCAAUUUUAUUUUGAUUAAUAGGCGUGAAAAUGUAAAUGUGAAUUGAGUGAUACAUUUGUGUAUGCACUCCUCUGCAUGAUUCCAUAAUUAGAUCGGGGAAGACUGAUCUGAGUUGACAGUUACUACCGUCAUAUACUAUAUAUAGCGUUUCGCGGAAUCAUCAUAAUAAAUAAUAAUUUUCUAUGCCGAACUAUUAAUUACGCGGCAUUCCGAUUUCUCAGCUUCCUCCUUCAAACUCAAUUUUGAAUCCAUCAACAAAUAUCCUUCUCCAAUCUUUCCUUUCCCCAUCGAUUCUAUUUUUUAACCUAUUUUUUUCAUUCCCAUACUGUUCGUAAUCAAGAUUUAUUGUAGAAAAGAAGAAGGGGGAAUAUAAUGUUUGAUUGUUGUGGUUGUUAACUGGUGGUAAAGGAAAAUGGAUUCAGCGAGGAGUUGGUUACAGAAGUUUCAGCCGCGAGAUAGACUGAGAGCUUCUACGAGGAAGAAAGAUGAUUUUAAUGCCGGAAUUGAAGUUUCCAAUGCACCUGUUGAUGAAGAUUCUCAUUCCAGCGUCACCAAACAGAAGGUUGCGGCUGCAAAGCAAUAUAUUGAGAACCAUUACAAGGAACAAAUGAAGAGCCUUCAAGAGAGAAAGGAACGCCGAACCGUCUUGGAAAAGAAAUUGGCUGAUGCCGAUGUCUCUGAGGAAGACCAAAAUAACCUACUUAAAUUUUUAGAGAAGAAGGAAACUGAAUAUAUGCGUCUUCAGAGGCAUAAAAUGGGUGUAGAUGAUUUUGAGAUGUUGACUAUGAUCGGCAAAGGUGCAUUUGGGGAGGUCAGAGUCUGUAAGGAAAAGACUACAGAGUCUGUAUAUGCAAUGAAAAAGCUUAAGAAAUCAGAGAUGCUUCGAAGAGGCCAGGUAGAACAUGUCAGAGCUGAGAGGAAUCUCCUUGCAGAGGUUGACAGCAAUUGCAUAGUCAAACUUUACUGUUCUUUCCAGGAUGAUGAGUAUCUAUAUCUUAUUAUGGAGUAUCUACCGGGAGGUGAUAUGAUGACUCUACUUAUGAGAAAGGACACCUUGACCGAAGACGAAGCCCGAUUUUAUGUAGGAGAAACAAUUCUAGCUAUUCAAUCUAUACAUAAACACAAUUAUAUACAUAGGGACAUUAAGCCAGAUAACUUAUUGCUUGAUAAAUAUGGACACUUGAAAUUAUCAGAUUUUGGACUAUGUAAACCGUUAGACUGUAGCACACUUGAAGAAUCAGAUUUUUCUAUUGGUCAGAAUGCAAAUGGAACUACACAGAAUGAUGACCGGGCAGGUCCGAAACGUACACAACAAGAACAGUUGGAAAACUGGCAGAAGAACAGGAGGACACUUGCUUAUUCUACAGUUGGUACACCAGAUUAUAUUGCUCCAGAAGUUCUAUUGAAGAAAGGUUAUGGGAUGGAAUGUGAUUGGUGGUCACUUGGAGCUAUUAUGUAUGAAAUGCUGGUGGGAUAUCCACCUUUUUAUUCUGAUGAUCCAAUGACAACAUGUAGGAAGAUAGUAAACUGGAAAUCUCACCUGAAAUUUCCUGAGGAAGCAAGGUUAUCUCCGGAGGCCAAAGAUCUUAUAAGUAAGCUUUUGUGUAAUGUCAACCAGAGACUGGGAUCAAAUGGUGCAGAGGAAAUAAAGUCUCAUCCAUUCUUUGAAGGUGUUCAAUGGGAAAGGUUGUAUCAAAUGGAAGCUGCAUUUACUCCUGAAGUCAACGAUGAGUUAGAUACUCAAAAUUUUGAAAAGUUUGAAGAGUCUGACAGCCAGACUCAUUCAUCAUCAAGAUCUGGUCCAUGGAGAAAGAUGCUUUCAUCUAAGGACUUGAAUUUUGUGGGAUACACAUACAAGAACUUUGAAAUUGUUAACGACUAUCAAGUUCCUGGGAUGGCUGAAUUGAAGAAAACCUCUAAACCAAGGAGGCCAUCUAUCAAGUCGCUGUUUGAUGGCGAGUCGGAGACUUCUGAGGGUUCUGAGAUUUCAGAUGUGCCUGCAAGCAAUCAAUCUACUCACUGAAGUUUAUAAAGCGGUUGAUACUUAAAUUAGACGUAUCUCAAAGCUUGAAGGAAUCUUCGUCCUACCGAGGCAGUCUCUGAUGAUAUACCUGCUCAAAAAGUAUAGGAGCCGUAACUCAAGCCAAUGGCAUUUUGAUCAUUUCCAUUUUUAAUAUAAUUUUUGAUGCUAUUCCACGUUUGGAUUUUUCUUGGCAACAUUAAUGAUUACUUGAUUGAUGGCAUGAGGAAAGGCUGAAAAAAGUGCUGUAUCUAGAAUCAACUGAUUAGCCUCAACCUGGCUGAGACGAAUCUUGCAAAUUUUGUUGGUCACACCACAGCUAUAGUAGAAUUGUAAAUCUCUUAUUCUCUGCCUGUUGUGAAAUAUGUGACAAUGUGUAUAUUCAUCUAUAUAUAUAAAUAAAUAAAUAACGUGUAUAUUCUUUUACAUUAACCCUAACACAGCAAAGUCUUUGUCCCAGUGGGUGACAUUGGAGAUGUGGUUCGUGUCCAUGUAAGGAUAUGCUGUGUUACUAACUACUGUGGAAUGUGACCUGUGGAAAUUUAAAUUUAGUUUGUGUUAAUA